AUGAUAAGAAAUUAUUCUAAGGGCCGUGCUAGAAAUUUAGCUAUUACUGCAGUUGCUUUACAAGAUCACGUUUUACAUGAUCUUCAAAUCCAAACUCUUUCAGUGAUAGAUCUUUAUAACACAAAGAAACAGAAUAAAGAUAUUGGAAACAAGCCUCCCAAAAAAAAUAUAAAAGCAGUAUUGGAUACUGGACUGAAAAAGACAGCUACACAAAUCCCUAGAGGAGAAGAGCCAGAGAAAGAAUAUGUUCUCGAUCCACAUCCUGCCCCCCUCACUCUAGCACAGAAGUUGGGUUUGAUUGAACCACCUCCAUUGCCUUUAUCAGCUGAAGAAUGGGCAAAAGUAAAGGAGAGGUCCAUAAAACAAGGGGAUUCUAUGCAUCCAUGUGCAAUAUGUAGAGAAGAAUUUGAGCUUCAGUCACAAGUGCUGCUUUCAUGUUCUCAUGUAUUUCACAAAGCAUGUCUCCAGGCUUUUGAAAAGUUCACAGGUAAAAAAACUUGCCCUCUGUGUAGAAAGCAGCAAUAUCAGACAAGAGUGAUACAUGAUGGAGCUUGGCUUUUUAAAAUAAAAUGUGCAACAAGGAUACAGGCCUAUUGGAGAGGAUAUAUUGUUCGAAAGUGGUACAGAAAACUGAGGCAAACCAUACCUCCCAAAGAUGCCAAAUUAAGAAGAAAAUUCUUUGAAGAAAAGUUCACAGAAAUCAGCAACCGGAUCUUGUCUUCAUAUGAUACAAACAUAGAACAACUCUUUUCAGAAAUUGAUUACUGUAUAGCUGCAAAUAGAAGCAUUCUUCAACAGUUUGAAAAAAGGCGUGAUCAGGAUAUUACAGAAGAUGACUGGGAGAAAAUACAAAUGCAGGCGUUUCAUCAAGAGAUAUUUGACUGUUCCAUUUGCCUUACACCCCUGUCUUUGAGCAAUCAUCCUAAGUCUACACCCUCAGAAAAAACGGAUAAUCAGCAUUCCCGGAAGAUUGUUCUCUUGUCUUGUUCACACACGUUUCAUCACACUUGUCUUCUGGCUUUGGAGGAUUUUUCCUUGGGAGAAAUAUAUACUUGUCCACUAUGCCGCUCCUAUUAUCAAAAGAGAAUUCUUGAAUGUUAA